AUGACUUCUCAACUAGAGAUAUUAGUCAACGCAUUAUCCCGCUGUCUAGGAUGGGCAUAUAUGCUCUGCUGGUCGGGGUCUUUCUAUCCACAGCCUAUCACCAACUGGAACCGCAAGUCCACAGUCGGUUUAUCUGUUGAUUUGUCCACUAUCAACCCUCUGGGCUUUGUCUGCUAUGCGAUUUAUACCUCUGCGUUUCUAUUCUCGCCCGUUAUUCGAUCGCAGUAUGCGGCCCGCCACCCGGCCUCGAUCGACCCCACCGUCCGGUUCAACGAUUUCGCAUUUGCCGCCCACGCGGUGGUAUUGACAGUCAUAUUGUAUACACAGUUCUGGCCUUUCAUCUGGGGGUUCCACGUUUCCCGCUCCCAAAGAGUCAGUUGGACAAUGGCAGGGAUCUUUGCGGGGUCUCUCUUGACUCCUCUGCUGGUUAUGGCGGUUGUGUUGGUGCAAAGUCCGGAUGGAGGGUAUGAUCCUUCCACUUGGGCGUGGAUUGAUGUGAUCUACUCGUUUUCAUACAUCAAACUGCUGAUCACCAUUGUGAAAUAUAUGCCUCAGGUGGCGUUGAACUACAAGCGCCAAUCUACAGUAGGAUGGAACAUUGGAACUAUCCUUCUAGAUUUGGCUGGCGGUGUACUUUCAAUGCUUCAACUGGUACUUGACUCCAGCCUUCAAAAUGACUGGAGCGGCAUCACUGGAAACCCGGUCAAGCUACUGCUGGGCAAUGUUACUAUCUUUUUUGAUGCGAUCUUCUGCAUCCAACACUACAUCUUAUACCGAGACACCCCAGAUCUGAAGAGAACACCUGGUCCGGGUGAGCAAACGCCCCUCUUGGCUGAACAAGAUGAUUCUGGGAGAGAUCAGGUGUGA